CGCCCCGCGCCGGAGCGGAGCGGAGCGGGAGCCCAGCGGGAGCCCGGCCGCAGCCCCAGCCGGAACCGGUGCCAGCAGAGCCGGAAGAGCGGACCCCGCGCCUUGGCGGCGCCUGAUCCCUGUCGGGUGAAGGGAAGGUCCCUGGACUGGCCAGACGUCCCCUUGCAGCCUGGCAGAGUCAAGAUGAGGCCCCAUCAUGCCCCCCAAUGAGGCCUCCAGCCUUAGCAAAUAGCAUGACCCAACACUGGCAGUGAACACAAUGGCUACAGGAGGUGGCCGGGCUUUUGCUUGGCAGGUGUUCCCCCCCAUGCCCACCUGCCGGGUGUAUGGCACAGUGGCCUACCAGGACAGGCACCUGCUGGUAUUGGGGGGCUGUGGCCGGGCUGGACUGCCUCUGGACACUGCCGAGAUACUGGACCUGGCCUCACACACAUGGCUGGCACUGACACCACUGCCCACUGCCCGGGCUGGGGCUGCUGCCGCAGUGCUAGGCAAGCAAGUGCUAGUGGUGGGUGGCGUGGAUGAGGGCCAGAGCCCGGUAGCUGCUGUGGAGGCCUUCCUGACUGACGAGGGCCGCUGGGAGCGUCGGGCCACCCUCCCUCAAGCAGCCAUGGGGGUUGCAACUGUGGAGAGAGAUGGUAUGGUGUAUGCUCUGGGAGGAAUGGGCCCUGACACGGCUCCCCAGGCCCAAGUACGGGUGUAUGAACCUCGCCGGGACUGCUGGCUUUCGCUACCCUCCAUGCCCACGCCCUGCUAUGGGGCCUCCACCUUCUUGCAUGGGAACAAGAUCUAUGUCCUGGGGGGCCGCCAGGGCAAGCUCCCAGUGACUGCUUUUGAGGCCUUUGAUCUGGAGGCCUGUACCUGGACCCGACACCCCAGCCUGCCCAGCCGCCGGGCCUUUGCUGGCUGUGCCAUGGCCGAAGGCAGCAUCUUUAGCCUGGGCGGCCUGCAGCAGCCAGGGCCCCACAAUUUCUACUCCCGGCCGCAUUUUGUCAGCACUGUGGAGAUGUUCAACCUCGAGCAUGGGUCCUGGACGAAGCUGCCCCGCAGUCUGCGCAUGAGGGAUAAGAGGGCUGACUUUGUGGUUGGCUCCCUUGGGGGCCACAUCGUGGCCAUUGGGGGCCUUGGAAACCAGCCAUGCCCUCUAGACUCCGUGGAGGGCUUCAGCCUUGCACGACGGCGCUGGGAGGCACUGCCCACCAUGCCCACAGCCCGCUGCUCAUGCUCCAGCCUACAGGCUGGGCCCCGGCUGUUUGUAAUUGGGGGUGUGGCCCAGGGCCCCAGCCAAGCUGUGGAGGCACUGUGCCUACGUGAUGGGGUCUGAAGGCCCAGUGGGACCAGUGCACUGGACAGCUCAGUGCCAGAGGCAGUUGUCUGUGGCUCCUUUUGCUGCUGAGGAAAACUCACUGUGGCUCUGUAGGAUGACGGAGGCACAGGGGUGGGCACUUGAGGCACUGCUUGGGGGGUCCUGCGUCUUUAGCACAUGCCACAUAUAUGCUCACACUCACUAUUACCACCAUUCCUUCACAGACCACACAUAGCUCCACUCUUGUCCUGGAGCCUACUGGGCCCUCUGUCUAGCCCGGGAGCACAGGGAGGUGGGGGGAGAGUGGGCCUCAUAUCCCACAGGGUCAAUGCCCACUUGGAGUUGACCAGGCCCAAUCUAAUGGCCAUUCCUGAAAAAUCCUAACUGCCAGCCUGCACUGACCCAGAAAAGUUCAGAGAGGAUGGGGAACACAGAGAGAAUGGAAGAGAGGAUGCAGGAACUUCCAGAGGGCCAGAGGAAUGCUGCUUUGGGCUCUCUGCACUGCUGGAUGUGUGACCCUGGGCUAUUCAUUUCACCUCUCUGUGCCUCAGCAUCCUCAUCUGUAAAUGGGGAUCUCUGAAACUUUCCUGCCCUACCUACCUCACAGGGCUGUUGUGAGGACCCAGGGAGUUUGAAUGUGGAAGUAAACGUGCUGCUAAAAUCUGGCGUU